AUGAUGCUAGGAUUUAUUGGUACAGGAGCGGUCGCCGCAGCAUUUGGUGCCGUGUUUUACGCAAAUCUUCCAACAAAAUACACUUUGGGACAUGUUGUGCCCACUGUGAAAUACCUGGCCGAGGGAAAUCUGCGAUUAGUCCAGAAGGGAACGGAUAUUUUGACUGCCGAACCCAUAAAAGUAAGUUUUUAAUGCCUAGUAUAAUAUAAUUUAUUUGUAAAUUUUAUGUUUGAGGGGUUAAUAAUGGAUUGUUCAUCUAAAUUUAGAAUUCUUCACUGUUAUAAUGCAAUAACAAUCUUUUUUGCAGGCCUCAGAGCUCUUUGAGAAGGGUCCAACUUUGCUGGCGGUGAUCCGAAGACCCGGGUGUAAAUUGUGCCGUAACGAAGCGCAACAACUGAGUAACCUGAAGGACAAAUUGGAUAAGAAAGGUGUUCAACUGAUCGGCGUUGUUCAUGAGGUCAAAGGUGUCGAGGAGUUCCAGCCUUAUCUCAAGGGACCCGUUUAUUUCGAUCAGGAUGUAAGGUUAUAUUAUCAUUGAUUUUCAGGUACCUAAUUUGUUUGUCAUUUCGUUUUUUUCUAGAAACACUUUUAUGGUCCCAAUCAACGUUGGUUACCGAUUUGGAUGGGUUUUCUUCGAGUGGGAACAUACGUAAAUGUAUACAAAACUCGACAUGUGAAGGGGAAUUUGGAAGGAGAAGGUCGCUUGCUGGGCGGUGUGUACUUGAUAAAGGAUGGAGAGAUGGUAUUCGCUCAUCUGGAGAAAGAAUGGGGAGAUGCAGCCGACCCCAAAGAGAUCGAAAAGGCCAUCGACCGCCUUUAA